AUGUUUUCAAGCUUUGGUGGCAGUAACUUUGGAUUUCAACCUGGAACUUUUGGGGGAUUUGCUAAUAUUCCUCAAAACUUUGAAGACUUCUUCAGAUGUUACCCAAUCGCAAUGAUGCCUGACGACACUAGAAAAGAUGAUGCUAAUUUUGGUGGUAAGAUAUUUCUUCCUCCAAGUGCUUUAAACAGAUUGACAAUGCUACAUAUUAGAUAUCCCAUGCUUUUUGAACUUUCCAAUGAAGAGAAUGGAUUAAAGACUCAUUCAGGUGUGCUAGAAUUUGUUGCUGAAGAAGGGAGAGUCUACCUGCCUCAAUGGAUGAUGAGCACACUUAAAUUACAGCCAGGCUCCAUCAUUAAAAUUACAAAUUCAGAUGUUCCGUUAGGAAAAUUUGUUAAAAUUGAACCACAGUCUGUUGACUUUUUAGAUAUAUCAGAUCCAAAAGCUGUUUUGGAGAAUGUGCUUCGAAAGUUCUCCACAUUAAGUUUGAAUGAUAUAAUAGAAAUUAGUUAUAAUGAUAAGAUUUUUGGAAUCAAAGUGUUGGAAGUGAAACCAGAAUCAGCAUUUAACAGUAUCUGUGUUAUUGAAACAGAUUUGGAAACAGACUUUGCGCCUCCGGUAGGUUAUGUUGAGCCAGAUUACUCAAAAACUGCAACUCCUGGGUCAACAAAAUCAGCUACACCAAAUCCAGGAAGAACAUUAGGAACAAUGGCAAAAUCAAUUAAUUACAAGGAGCUUGCACAAAAAGCAAGUCUUGAACAAUCUUCAUUCAAGGGGGAAGGUCAAAAAUUGUCAGGCCGUCCUUCAAAGAACAAGAACGAUGUGAAGAAACUUGAUGAGCUGGAUAUCAACUUAGAUGGACCACCAGCCCCAUUGAACUUACCAGAUGGUCAGCUUUUUUUUGGAUUUCCUGUCGUUCCCGUACAACUGGAUGAAGAAGACAAGGAGAACAUCAUUUCUAAUAGUGCAUUUGCUGGCCAAGGUCAAUCGUUAAGGCAGAGUAAAAAGAGAAAAGACCUCAAAUCACAUGCUAGCCCUAAACCUAAAGUCCACAGUCCUGAACUGAUAGAGAUCGAUUGA